AUGUCAUAUUUACGUGAUUCUCAACCUGUGAUAAUCCAUUGUGAUACAGAUUAUAUAAGAGCCGUACAUGGAUUAGCAGAAUUCUUCAAUCGACCUGCAGUUACACUGCGAGCAUGUUAUGCUGUCCCAUCAUCCUCAUCCAAGACGGAGACGAAUGGUGAUGUGCCUAUGAGAGAAGAGACGACAACACCCGGACCUGAGAUAUCAUCGAGGUCAAAUUGGUUAAUAGGAGAUGACCUUUCGAACGCAGAGAAAGAGGCGGAUUUCAAGGAGAAAUAUGAAGUUCAUUGGCCAUUCAGGUCAAAUAAAUCAAAUGAUGAUUGUGAUGGACGUGCAUAUGUGUUAACACAUGUAUACACAAUGUUAGGACUGAAAAUAUCAACCAAUUCAUUACCACUUUUAUUCAUACCACCACCUUCACCUACAUUUCCUCUGUCACUCCAAGCGUCGUAUACUCAACUAGCGUUUGAAUCUCUCAAUACACCUGUAUUCUCUAUAAUCCCUUCACCUCUAGCAUCAUUAUAUGCAUUAGGAUCAACGACGGGAAUAGUGAUCCAUAUUGGUAGAAAUGAAAGCACUAUUUUCGUCAUAACCGAUUCAGUCGUGAGGUGGGAAUGUUCAACUACAGUCAAUGUUGGAGAAGCAGAUUGUGAAGAUUUCUUCCGAGACCUAUUGAUGGAGGAUGAAUUAUUAGAACAGGAAUUGAAAUCCGCUUCAGAGAAAGCAGAAUUGACGUCAGAAGAGAAGAAGAAAUUGGUCAAAGAGGUAGCUGAGUUCGUUUGGAAAGAAUGUACGGGUGACGAUAUCGAAAUUCCAAUCUAUAAAUCUGGUAAUAGAGGUAUGACAGGUGGAUUAGCUGGAGGGACAGGUGCGGGUGCUGGUGCAGGUGAUAAAGAGGAUGACUCGUUUGAUGUUGCCAAGAAACUCGUUGGUGAUGUAGCUCCUGCACAAGCGGUACAGUCACAUAAAUCAAAGAAACAACAAGCUGCCGCCGCAGCAGCAGCAGCCAAAUCCGCUCAAGCAAUUGCCGAUGCCGCGGCUGUUGCAGCUCAGAACAUCGAUACCAUCGUAAUAAAUAUACCUUCAUUGCCAGGAAAAGAGUUCCAACUUGGUCCAGUACGUCAUCGAUUGUGUGAACCACUGCUAUUUGGCAAGAACAGAACAGGUGAUACAGUUUGGGAAGGAGUAGGAAGAGCGAUUGACAAUGCUUCUUUGAGUAUAGGAGAAAGAUUAAGUCUGUGGGAGGGUGUGGGUGUCGUUGGUGAAUUGGCAAGAUUCAGAUCGUUGUCACCUUCUUUAGUAACUUAUCUGGCGCCAUAUUUACUAUCUUCAACGGAUUUGACAUCAGAUUGUCAACCUGGUAAAAUACGUUUACUCAACAUACCAGAUUACUUCGCGAAUUUCAAGAACUCAACAUCGGAACUCGCUCCCUUCUUAGGCGGUUCCUUAGUUGCCAAGGUCGCGUUCUCGGAUUCACAAGGUAAACAUGCGAUUAGUAAAAUCGAUUAUAAUCAGAAAGGUCCCGCAGCGAUAUAUAACGUUUCUCUAGAAGGUCAAUAG